AUGUCUCGAUACGGCAACCACGUGCAGAUGCCCGUGUCGGCAGGUGACCCCAAGUGCGGCCUUUGUGUUGCACAGUUUCGGGAGCGGUGGUCCUCCUUGCCUGAAAUCCAAAGCCACGCAGAGGAUGGCUGCCCUUACUGCGCCAACAUGCUGGAGGGACUCCUCUACCUCAUCCCCGACCUGGAGACGCGCUUCGGUGAGGAUGCAAGUUUCCGAUUCUACCGCAGCCGCGAGAUGACCGUGUAUGCCGACCCGAACGGCUCUCUCAGCCAUGUGUGCCCGGAAGAGACGAUCAAACUGAAGUACCGCUGGUUCAAGGUAGAUCAGCCACAGCCAUAUGAGCCGGGAGGGGACACGGCAGCAGAAAGCAGUUUCACGCAGGCGAAUACCUGGAUCCAGGAGUGUCUGGCCAACCACAAACUCUGCGGGAAGGAUGAACCCUCUACACUCCCUACGCGGGUGCUAGAUCUUGGCGAGCUCGACGGUGAAGAGAACGGCGAAAAGUCGGAUAUCCGCCUGAUCGAGUCAUCCGGCCAGACUGGGCGCUACAUCUCGUUGUCCCACAGCUGGGGAGGCGAGCACCCGCUUAUCACCACGACAGCCACUCUCGACCAGCACAAGGCAGGGAUACCACUCAGCAGCCUGCCGGCCACCUUCCGGGACGCCUGCCACAUCGCGCGGCGGCUGGGCGUCCGGUACCUGUGGAUCGAUUCGCUGUGCAUCAUCCAGGACAGCCCAUCCGACUGGGAGCUAGAAGCCAGCCGCAUGGCGAGCGUCUACCGCAACUCGUGGCUGACCGUGUACGCGACCGCCUCAUCAUCCCCCAGCAGCGGCAUCUUCCGCCGCCGACAAGCCGUCUGGAUCGCAGCCGACGACCCGGAGGACGACACGCUAGACACGCUCUUCCCCGAAGCCGCGCAACUGCGCCGGGAUCUCCGCCUAUCCCUCCGCUUCGCCCCCGCGCACCCAGACUUCUCGCGCUACGCGAACCCAGCCAAGCAGCAAGCGCAACUCCCGCUGCUGGCGCGCGCGUGGGCGUACCAGGAGCGGCUGCUGGCGCCGCGCGUGCUGCACUUCGGCCCGCACGAGGUCUUUUGGGAGUGCAUGCAGCGCCUGGCCUGUGACUGCGGCGGCAUCGACGAGGCCUCGUCGCGCCCCGCCCACAUGGGCGUCUACGCCAGCCGCGACACCACCGGCCAGCUGCCGCCGAAAGUCUCGCACUACGCCGCGCUGCACGUCGGUACCAGUGCGACCGCUAAGGCGAAGAGCAAGAGCAAGUCCAGCGAGGGGAAGCGACAAAAGAAGCUGCUCGCGCGGUGGGAGGAGAUGGUGGAGGAGUAUACGAACCGGGCGCUGACGUUUUCGGGGGACCGGCUGCCGGCGUUUUCGGGGGUGGCGGCGGAGAUGGUGGCGGCGCUGGGGAUGCGGUACCGCGCCGGCCAGUGGGAGGAGACGCUGCCCGAGGCGCUGCUGUUUGAGCGGACCAGCGUCAAUGCCGUGGCGAGGCUGGCCAUUGACGACGUCCGCCCGGCGCCGUCGUGGUCGUGGGCGUCCCCCGAUGCGCCGGUGAAUUUUCUGAUCCCCCUGGCGGGGCCGCCGGAGUGGGCUGGCGCGGUUGUCGAUGCUACGGUGCUGGAGGUGCGUAGCGUUCCGGCGGGGAGGGAUGAGCGUGGGCAGGUGAAGCGGGGCGAGUCGUAUGUGAUGCUCUCGGCAAAGGUGGUGGACGCGUCGCUGUGCUUCGCGGACGAUCCGUACCUUGUCCCGAAUAAGCCGUGGACGGAUAUCCGGGAUGCAGUGGUUAAGGGCAUCAAGGGCCCACAGGCUGCCUUGGACCAGCUCGGGCCUGGGACGUUCAUGGUUCGGGUGGGCAAGAAAGAGCCGGCGUGGUUUGUCCCGGACGUGGCGCUGUGUGAUGAGCACGGUGAGUGGCUGUGGAAGGGUGAGGACAAGAUUUGCUGUGCGAAGAUCAUGGAGUCGCAGGAGACCGGUUAUUGGCUUGUUCUGAGACGGACUGAGGAGGAGGAGCCGACUUAUGAGAGGAUCGGAGUCGUCAAGAACUACGAGGCCACAUGGCCAUCGAAGGGCGGCAAGACCUCGAUCAAGAUCGUGUGA